UCACGUCGUUCCCGGGCCAAAUCGAUAUCAAGGCAUUCCUAUCAGCUGAUCCUCUUCUCCCCACCACUCUACUCGCUUCCAUUCAUGACACAACACACCCUAAGGGUCGCUAACUGUCAAGAAACAGUUGUAAUAAUACAAGUGGAUAUUGCAGCAUUUGUGGAGCAUGGCAUGGCACUGCAAUGGUGUGACAAAUCAAGAGAUGGUGACCAAGUUGAAAGAAACUGGCAUUUUGGCAACUGCUAGAGCAGAAGCUGCUAUGCUUGCAGUAGAUAGAGCAAGAUAUUGUCAUGAAGCAGAUCCAUAUCUUGAUCGACCUAGAAAAAUUGGUUACAACGUUACAAUCAGUGCUCCACAUAUGCAUGCCUAUGCAUUGUCUAUUCUCUCGGAUCAACUCUUCGAUGGUGCUAGGGCAUUAGAUGUCGGUUCAGGUUCUGGAUAUUUAUCAGCUUGUAUGGCUUUUAUGGUUGGUCCUCGCGGACGAGUUGUCGGUAUCGAGCAUAUUCCCGAGCUAAUAGAAGUUUCUACAAGAAAUGUACGGGAGGACUGUCCACAUUUUCUCAAAGAUGGCCGUCUUAAAUUCAUUGUGGGAGAUGGCAGAUUGGGACAUGAUGCUGACGGGCCUUACAAUGCUAUACAUGUUGGAGCUGCGGCUGAAACUCUUCCACAACAGUUGGUAGACCAGCUAGCUCCUGGAGGUCGUCUUAUCUGCCCUGUAGUUGCCAUUGAAGGUUUCCAAAGAUUUCAAGAUCUACUACAAGUGGAUAAGCAUGCAGAUGGAUCUACUACAAAACAGAAGCUAAUGCAAGUUUCAUACGUUCCUCUAACUGAUCCUAGUACACAAUUGCGUAACUAAAGUACUUAGUAAGCUUUGCUACAAAUUUAAGAUAGCAACAUGCUUACUAGUAAUCGUUGAUAUUGGAACCACUGUGCUACUUUGUUUUAUGCAUAAGCAAAUUAUAGAAGUAGUUGCCCCUUUUUAACUAAUGGUAUACUAAUAAAAUAUAUUUUACUUACA